UCUCGGACGUGAUGGGUGGGUUUGGUUUGUGAGAAUUAGCUUAAUGUUUUCCCGCUGGCGUUCAGGUCUAUGUCUAUAUUAGAGUGCCUCUAUCGCAGCCCCCUUGCCCAUGCCUCUCAAACUUCUAGCUAACAACAGGGCAAACACAGCUUGGCUCAAGGGGGCCCAUGCAAACCACAAUGUCUAGCAGCUUGAUUCUUUUCACGGGUGCCACGGGUUUCGUUGGCUUUCACACCUUGAUCGAAGCUCUAUCCAAAGGAUAUAAUGUCCGAGCGGCAGUUCGAUCAGAGGACAAGAUCACGUCGAUUACGACCGCAAAGACAAUCCAGCCCUUUCUCUCCCAGCUCUCGUUCGUCGUCGUUCCAGACAUCACUAAAGAUGGCGCUUUCGACGAGGCCGUUAAGGGCGUGCAAUACAUUGUUCACCUUGCAUCUCCUCUCCCCAAGGCCGAAAUAUCCACCGAUUGGGAACAAAGCCUGGUCUUGCCAGCCAUCCAUGGCACCUUGAGUAUUCUCUACUCGGCUCUCAAACAACCAACAAUCAAGCGUGUCGUUAUAACCUCAUCUGUUGUCGCUGUGUUCCCUGAAGACUGGUACAAAACACCAAUGACCCAAGUCUUCAACGCUAACACUAUCCGUCCCGAUACAAAAGGACCGUACCAGGACGCUGCCAUUGCAUAUUCUGCAAGCAAGAAGCUAGCCUUGAAUCGCACCCUGGACUUUAUCGCCAAAGAGACACCGCACUUCGCCAUCAUCAAUUUGAUGCCUACCUUUGUUCUCGGUGCAGAUACACAUGCAGAAACGCCGUCAGAGGCCGCAGGUGGCUCCAACGGCCAACUCCUGAGACGGUUUGUCCAAGGGACAGACGUUGACGCGCUGCCGGCUAUGACAGUUCACCUCGAUGACGUGGCCUUUGUGCACAUUGCUGCAUUGACCCAGGAGCUUGAUGGGCAUCAAAACUUUGGUCUCAACUUCAAUGGUCCCAGUGGAAUUGUCUGGGAUGAUGCCAUAGAUAUCGUCAAGGACAAGUUUCCUGAUUCAAUUGCGAAUGGUAUACUGCACACGACUGGAGCUCAGCCCUCGGUGAAAGUGCCAUUUGAUGCCAGCGAGACCGAAAAGGUAUUUGGUUUCAAAUACAAGCCUUUUGAGCAGCAAGUCCAAGACGCGGUCGGACGAUAUGUCGAGCUUGCUUCAAAGGCAUAG